GUGAUCGCGAAUCACGGGACACAACUUUUUUUGUCACGUUUUGCAUGUAACAACUUAAAUUUAAGGUUACCAGAAGACCCUGAACUUUCCAAAAACCUGUGGAUCUCAGCUGAGGAGCGCGGUUUCUCGCUAGCGAUGCGGAGCUGGUGCGUCACCGCGGCGUUGGUGUGUUUGUUGGCGGGGGCAGUGCUCGCUUGGCCCGCCCCGCCGCAGCCACCCUGUCCCUGCGCCCAGCCGGAGUGGUGUAAUCCCGUAAAGACUCCGCCCAGGAAAGAGGUUUUUGUGUUUGCUGUACGAAACGACACAUGGAAGCACUAUGACUGGGACAAGGUGACAACCGUGGUUAUGUUUGGGUUUUACAGCGAGGAGCUGAUGUGCUACGCCCACUCCAAGGGAGCACGAGUCGUCCUGAAAGGUGACGUGAAAGCGUCAGACGUUGCCCACCUGCCGGACCCCCUGUUCCGAGAUGACUGGGUGAUUACCCAGGUGGCCCUGAUGCUGAAGCAGCACAUGGACGGGAUCAACAUUGACAUCGAGCAGGCAAUCCCUGCAGGCGACCCGGCACGCGACGGUCUGACCGCGCUUGUUAACGAGACAACAUUUGUCUUCCACGCAAUCAAUAGUGCCUCACAGGUGACCUUUGACGUUGCCUGGUCACCUGACUGUAUCGACGGCCGCUGCUACGACGUGGUAAACAUCGCCAAGUCAUGUGACUUCCUGUUUGUGAUGUCAUACGAUGAGAGGAGUCAGAUUACAGGACCGUGCGUCGCGAGCGCAAACUCUGCUCUGGAGACAACGCUGGGAGGAUACCAGGAGUACCUGAAGUUGGGCAUCCCUGCAGACCAGUUGGUGAUGGGUGUACCGUGGUACGGUUAUGACUACCCCUGCCUCAACCUCUCCAAGGAUGAUGUCUGCAGUAUUAAGAAGGUCCCGUUUCGAGGAGCGCCCUGCAGUGAUGCGGCCGGCCGCCAGGUGGACUAUAAGGACAUCAUGAGGCUGAUGAGGAACUCCUCAAGACGGUGGAACGACACCUUCAAGUCUCCUUACUUCAACUUCCAGGAGGGAGGACAGACCCACCAGAUGUGGUAUGACGACCCCCAGUCCCUACAGUACAAGUACGGCUGGGCGGUGAAGCAGGGGUUACGUGGGGUCGGCAUGUGGCAUGGAGAUACCCUCGACUACACGACAACUGACCCCAAGGUCAAGAAACAGACCCAGGAGAUGUGGGACAGUCUUCCCAAGUAUCACAAGAAGUCUUGAGAACAAAAGUCUUCAAAUCCUCUCCUUUAAGACUAACUAGUGAGACUUGGUGGCUGGAUACACCUUUAGUACAGAGAAGGUAAAAAGCUGGAGCUGUGGUAAAUGUUGUAAACCAUAUCAUGAACAUCCGAAAAUAAUUGGUUGGUAAAACAUACCAUGUUGGACAUCGAAACGU